CACAAAAAAAAAAAAGAAAGACGCUGAACCGUCAAAACAUAAACAGUCAACCUUGUGUGAACGCAGCCAGCUCGUUUUAUAGUCUGCCUUUUAAAAGCUGUAUGCACCCCUUCCCAAUGUUGUGUGUUCUCCGUCAGAGAAUUCCUUGUCGAGGCACUUAGCUCAUUUGCUAAGCAGCGACGUGGAGAAAAAAUAUCUGCAGUAAAGAUUAGGACUAAACUAAGAAGUACGCCUCGUCGGGCCUUCUUGUAGAGGUUCUACUUCGGGUCGACGCAGGACAAAGGAGACGGAAUGGCUGAGGCUGACGGCAAAUCCACUGUGCUUAACGGUGGCUCUGAGGAAAACAAUCCUGGAGAAGAUCAACACAAGGAGCGGGAUGCCUCUGAAAGCAAAGAGGGCCAAACACAGUCUUCCUCUCAAGAUGCUCCCAAAGAAACAGCAGAGGCAUCUGGAGACAAACCUAUGCCAGAUGUGGAAGGAGAGACGGGGACAAACAGAGAGGUAGAGGAGGAUGAAGACACAGACAGCAUGGACGGCAGUGGCCUCUACUCCUUGACUGAGGAUGGUGAAAGGGAGAGCGAGGGAGGGAGACGAGAAAAAGCCAAGGAAAAAGAUGGUGACCAAAGGGCAGCUAGGAAGAGGAACAGGCCUGGUGGCGGCAACAACCACUCCUCCAGCUCAGAUGAAGAUGACGAUGAGGAUGAAGAAGAGGAACAGAAAGAUGAUGAAGACGAUGAUGAGGCUAUGGAGGCAUGGUUGGGAGCAGAGCUUCGUGACCUGCGAGGCCCUGUGUGGCGGGCAGUACCCUCGCUGCGCUCCAGGGAGAUCGGAAGGGACUCGCACCAGUUCGUAAGGCGUGUGUGUGGGGCCCGUGGCCUCGUGCAGAGGCUGGAGCUCCAGGGCCGCUUAGAGAGGCACACAGGCUGCGUCAACACUUUGCACUUCAACCCCUCUGGCACACGUUUGGCAUCAGGCAGCGAUGACCUCCGAGUGGUGAUCUGGGACUGGGCCAUCCGCCGUGCUGAGCUGGAGUUUGACAGUGGACAUAAGAGCAAUGUCUUUCAGGCAAAGUUCCUGCCUCACAGUGGAGACUCCACUUUGGCCAUGUGUGCCCGUGAUGGUCAGAUCAGAGUGGCUGAGCUAUCUGCCACACAGCGCUGCAAGAACACAAAGCGGGUAGCACAGCAUAAAGGGGCAGCACACAAGCUGGCCCUGGAGCCAGACUCCCCCUGCUCCUUUCUGUCUGCUGGAGAGGACGCUGUGGUGUUUGGUAUUGACCUGCGUUUAGACCGUCCCGCCAAUAAACUGGUGGUUGUGAAAGAGGGUGAUAAAAAAGUGGGACUGUACACCAUUUUUGUCAACCCAGCAAAGACACACCACUUUGCAGUUGGAGGGAGAGAUCAGUAUGUAAGGAUCUAUGACCAGAGGAAGAUUAAUGAAAAUGAUAACAAUGGUGUGCUGAAAAAGUUUUGUCCCUCACAUCUUGUAUCCAGCGAGUCCAAAACCAACAUAACCUGCCUUGUGUACAGUCAUGACGGCACAGAGCUCCUGGCUAGUUACAAUGAUGAAGACAUCUACUUGUUUGACUCCAACCACAGUGAUGGGGCAGACUAUCGCCGAAGAUACAAAGGACACCGCAAUAAUGCCACAGUGAAGGGGGUGAACUUUUAUGGGCCAUGCAGUGAGUUUGUGGUCAGCGGCAGUGACUGUGGACACAUCUACCUUUGGGACAAGUACUCUGCUCGCAUUAUCCAGUUCAUGGAGGGGGACAGAGGAGGAGUGGUCAACUGUCUGGAGCCACAUCCCCAUCUGCCAGGUAUGGCUACAAGUGGGCUGGACCACGACAUUAAACUGUGGGCCCCCACAGCUGAAAGCCCCACAGGACUCAAGGGUCUAAAAGAGGUGAUGAAGAAAAAUAAGCGGGAGCGUGAUGAGGACAGCGUGCGCCAUGGUGACCAGUAUGACACCCAGCUGCUGUGGUUCCUGAUGAGACACAUGAGGAACAGACGACCUCCAAGGGCCCGCCGUGAGGGUGCAGAUGCAGAUACGGAUGAGUCCUGGAGCUCUCCAGAUUCUUCAGAUGAAGAGGAAGGAGGUCCAGACCAUGUCCAGUGCAUGUCGUCUUGAACCACACAUACAUACUUGCACUCAUACAGAUAGAUACACAUACAAACACACAUACAUACAUACAUUCAUUCUUUAUUGCCCUUGAAUUGAUGCACAUAGGCAAGCACUAUUGGCACACUCAAACACUGAUGAACCACAAACUUGUUUUUUUUGUUUGUUUGUUUUGUUUUUUUACACACAUACAAACACAGAUAAAGACAUACAUUUACUUAAACAUACUGUUGAAGCAGAGUGGCAGAGAUGCUUAACGUCUGGUUUCCCAGCUGAGUGUGCAAAUGGCGACCACAGACUGCAUACACACUUCCUGAAUCCUGAUUUCUUUGAGAAUUGUACAAAGAGGUUUAGUGAGUGCUUACAUCCCUAUAAACCACUUGGAGGCCCCUGGUUGUCUGUACAUUAUCUAUUUGCUCUGCCUAGACCCAGAACAAUGUACUGUGUGUGUAUGGCAACAAGUACCUCCAACUUUAGACAACCUGUAGUAAGCUAUACAUCACCAGCAUACAAUCUCCCCUCUCUUAGUAACACACCGCUUGCUCUUGACCUUUCUGUGCUGAUGAAGAGGGGUUCAGCAGGGGGCUAGGACGUAUGCUUAUCUCCUCAAACCAUCCCCUAAAUGUGACUUCCUUUAAGAUCUGAAUUUUAAUAGGGAGAACCCAUUUCCCCUCACUCCAUCACCCCAGUCUCAUACUGAUUUUUUUUUGUGGCCGUGAGCUUGUGCAGCUAGUUGCAUUAAUCACACUUUUGCUCCCAGAGAACUACUAACUCUCCACAUGCUGCAUUACCCUACAUGCUGCCCUCAGCCACUCCCUCCACUCUUCCUUCCAUCAGCCUCCCCAUCGUCACUGAGUGCACUUUGAAUCAGGGAUGCUUUAGUUUGAGACAGAAAAAAAAUGUGCACUGAGCGUGUGACUUCAGGGCUAGAGCCUGUUGACUAUAUUUCUUUAAAAAAAUGUAGUUGGGGGGGUAUUUUGCACUUAAGUGUUUCUUGACUGAGGAGAGGUGGGGUCCUUUGCUCCUACUAGCCUUUCCUCCUCUUUUUUUCCUUCCUCAUUUUUCAUUCAGAAGCUCACCUUUGACAGGAAAUCUAUGGUUCACCUCUCAUUUACCAUGAAAAUGGAGAAGUAGAUGGUGUUCGGCAUGUAUAUAGGAAAUAGGGACUCAUUUUGGGCUCUUUUAUAAAACGGUCUAAUUUUGAAGAGCCAGAACUGACCUGGAUCGAUCACAGUUGAAACACUGCCUAUGAACCAGUUCAGAUUAGAGUCAUAAAAGGCUGCAGUGGUUUAUGUGGUUCCUAUUUUUUUUGCUGUGAGUCUGGAAAAAGUGGAAAUAGCUUACUGGUUCAGGCAGAAGUAGGGAUGUCCUGAUCAUUUUUUUGCCCCCAAUCAAAUCUGAUGCAGUUAUUAAUUUGUUUGUGCUAACUUCAAAUACUGUGUAUUAGGUGUACAUGGCUUCCUGCUCUCACUGUUUGAUACUGCAGUGACCCAAAGAGGCAUCACUGGGACUAUAGUCUGAUUUACCGGAUGUAGGUUGCCGGUAUAAGCCUGCCAUUGGUGGAUCAUUUCAGCUGGCAUUCUCCCUUCCUUCAACUAUCUGUGUGUUACCAUUUUGUUGCCCCAGGAAACAACAACAGCAACCUCUGAGCAGCAGUGUACCACACUGAAAACUAAACUGGAACUAAAAGUUUUGCUAAUAGUUUUUUUCAGGUAGAUUGUCCGUUUUAGUCACAGUGCACGUCUCCCUGCGAGCAGAUGUUCCACCUCAAGAAUUUCACCCAUCACUAUUUUGAGGAAACGCCAAAGCCGUAUUCUUUGCAUAGCCGACCCACAGUGACAGUGAUUGGACCUGAAGAAAUAUAAACAAGUCAGAGAGUUUUCUACCCCUGUGACAGAAUGGUGGUGUGAUGCAGCCAGAUCCUUAUGUUCUACAGAUUGACCUAGCUAAGUGAGACUGUUUAGACUACUGGUUAAGGUUUAGCUAGUAAAGGGCCACCAUGAGAAUAUCUUCCUUGAUGCCUAAAGACCUCCAGCCAAAACGUCCAUUCUUGAAAAAAGCUGGCUUCCCCUAAGACAGCAGUCAUGUAUCUGGAUAACAUGAUUGUGGCCCAUAUGUCUGUAGAAAAUGUCCACUGUGUUAAGUAUGUCAUCAGUUAACCAGUAAUUUGUUGAUAGUGUUGUAAAUUCUAAAGAAAUUAUUCAAGUUUGCAUUCCAAAUUGUGCUCUCCGUUAACGACACCUGUGCGACAGCAGGUGUAAACAGAGUCUGCGCUAGCAUCGGUUAGUUUAAAAUUGCCUUGAUCGGCCCCAGUCCCAGUCUUUGAGACCUAUUCAGGACAUCCCGAGCCAGAAGGUAACCAAAUCCACACACCAGCACCUCCAAAGCUUUUUGCAAGUUUUUGUGUUAAACUAAGCUGCUUGCCUGCUGGUAGCUUCACAUUUUGCAUAGCCUCACACCCCAAGAGUGGUAUCAAAUCCCUGAUCUGUCAGCAAUAGAGCAAACAAUUAAAAAUGGCAAGCUUUUUCUUUUCCCAAAGUCUCAAAUCUUAAUGAAUUCCGUUUUUUUUUUUUUUUAGAAAAACACUUGAGCCACUAUAGUGUGUACAGCCAGCACACCACAAGUGUGUGCUGUGUUGACAUUGGCUCUAGGACGAGGGUGCGGGGGAGCGGCAGGGUCAAUAUGCUUGCCAGUCAUUUGUUGUGUGAGAGCGAUAAAGUCCAGCUUUUCUCAUUUUCUAUGAGAACUGUAGUUAGUUGAAUUUAUAUGUACAUAUAUAAAUAUAUAUUAAAAAUACUGUAAAAAAAAAACUUUAGCAAAUGCUGUUUGACUUUUAAAAAAGUCAAAACAUUUGAUUGGUAUUGAUGCAGAGGUUUAUAUUCUAUAUGAGGAAAAAGUACUUUUAAAAUCCUGAGAAAAAAAGUCUUGACAUGACCAUUUUUAUUAGGUUUUUCCUUCUAUGGCAUCCCUCUGUUAUGAACAGAACUGCUGUCAUUGCAAGUAUUACAGUUUUGAUUAUUUUUCUUGUUCAAGAAAAAAAAGUGUUUCCUUUCUAGAUCUUAAUCCAUAAUUUGACACAAUUCUAUCCAGAUUUUCCCACUGGCUACUUUUGGCAUCUUGUAUACAUAAGGCUUUUGAUGAACUUUUUUUUUUCCACCACUGCCUGAUAAUGCAUUCUACCAGUUCAGUUGGAAAUACGUACGAUUCGUGCAAUAAACAAAAAGACGAUGCUC